UUUCAGUUGUUGAUUAUUUUGGAUAUUGGGUUCUGAUCCUCUUGGGCAUGCAUGGUUCACCAUUUUUCUGCAAGGUGUAAAUAGUGGUCUUAAACAUAUUCCAGUUAGCAGAGUCACUUUUCUAGAUGGCGUUUGCUCUGGCAGUGUUGUUGUGAAGGUGAUUCGUUUUUGGUCGUGUCCUACCUUAAAAGUGAAUGCAGCUUUGAACCAUUUUUCGUCUCUGCCUCUUCUUCAAUCCUUAUGGUGGAUGAGGUACCUGAUAUGAUGCUGAUUUCACCAACUCCAAUAUCGGUGUUGUAGAUGUUGGUCUUGAUGAACUAUUUGAGGUUCACAGGAAAAUAUACUAAUUUGAACUUAAGCACCAGGUGGCUUGGAUGUAGGAGAAGAGAUUUAUUUGAGCAAGGCUCUUAAAGUAAAAGCCAUAUGAAAAGUUCAAGAAAUCAUGGUCAAGGAGAAUGUUCACCUUUGAGUAAUUUUUAAUCAUUCAGUAUAUAUCCCUCAAAGAGUGUUUGGUGUUUCAUGUAAGGAUGCAUGAGUUUUAGGUGAAGUGCAUAAUGGUUGGUACAUAGAGAAGGACAUUUGUGGUAUUCCAUGAGAGAGCUUGAGCAUAAAAGAGGUUAGAGAAGCAAGCCAUUGAGAGAGCAUGAUUCAUUUAAAUUCCCAUUUUUUUGGCUGUAGAUUGCAUAAAUGGGGGCAAGCCAUUGAGAGCAAUCCAACUUCCAAAUUUUGCCAUUCCUAAUUUUCUAUAAUAUGGAACAAGGAUUCAAGUUUAUGACGAUCUUCGAAGAGCUGAGGAAGUAAAUACACCCCCUUAAUUCCAUUUGUCCAUCCCCCCAAAUCAUGCUUAGGCCCCAUUUAUAUUCUUUAAAUUUCCAACAAUGGUACCCCUUUUUAGAAUCAAUCCUAACCUUAAAUAAUGAUGAUAUUUCUUUUAUUUUGCUUCAUCAGAUUCUAUUUCAUAGACCAAUUUUCGUUACAUGAACAUUAUUUCCAUAUUACAUUAUGAUGCAUAAAAAAAAUGAUCAUUUCCAUAAUUUUCAUCAUAUAUUAUUUCCAUCAAAUACAACAAAUUACUUUAGUAUAUUUAUUCAGAUUCUGACAAUGGUAAAUGAUAAAAAAAAUGUACUAUGGAAUUAAUUAAGUUCACUCUUUACUCUAAUAUUUUUAGGGACGCACAUUGUGCAAUCCAUCUCAAUAAUCUUCAAACAAAUGGCCUUAUAUUUUAUUGUUUGAAAACAAUAUAGUCAAUUAAAAAUCUCUCAUGUAUGUCCCUUUACAUUUUUUUCGUUUUUAUCCAAAUAAAAUUAUAUAAUAAUUGAUCUAAUUUUCCAUAUAUAUAUUUUUUUAUAUGUUGUAUAUUUGUAUUAUAAGCGGUUUGGGCAUUAGUAUAAUCAGAUACUUUAAUAGAUUGAUUAAGGGAAAUGGGAAAUUAUGAAGUUUUUUUAAGUUUGUUAUAUUUUAGCUAAUAAGGAAAGAUUUGUUAUUUUUUUGACAGAGCAUUUUAAAUUAGAUAAAAAACUUCAAAUAAAGUUUUAAAAUAGCUGUAAUGUAUCAAUACAUUCGUAUACAAUAUGGUAACCGGAACAUGGCCGGAACCAGCUCUGCUAGGGCUCCUCCUGCCCGGAGUUUCAAUCGGUAACAUAGGUCUCUCCGGCAACAGGAACGUCGUUGGGGAGGGAAUAGAAAGGAAAAAAAUUAUGUAGUGGGGAACAGAGUUCCCUCUCAUGGAUCUUUUACAGUCUUUGUAGACGGUUUAAGUGAUGGGGUAUCAAGGGAAAUGGUCACAGCUAUUUUUGUGAAGGCAGGAUGUUUGAGGAGUGUUUACGUUCAGAAUCGCAAAAGGGUAGGUCGCCACCUUCGCUUUGGUUUCCUCAGAUACAAUUCGGACGCAGAAGCAGAGUGUGCUAUUCGCAAGUUUAAUGGAUUAAAGCUGGAGGGAGCGUUCUUGACGGUAAAGAAAGCGAAGUACCAAGCAUAUGGGGGAUGCGGUGAGAACUAUGUUCCAGCACAGUUUAAACAGAAGUACGUAGUACAGGGGAAAGUGUGGAGACCGAAGAGGAAAAAAGAAGAUUUAGAGGCAAAACCAGAUGUGGAUGAGCCAAACACAAAUUCCAUGUAUAAUAUGGCAGAGGAGGAGAAGGUGUGGAUUGAAAGAUGUGCUGUUGCUACUCUGUAUAACGUGACAUCUCCUGAAGCGGUGCAGGAGGGGUUGCGUAUGCAAGGGCUUGUAAAUCUCAAAAUCAAGUUAUUAGGGGCGCGCGAUGUUCUUCUUGAAUUUGUAUCAAAGGACGAGAUGGUUUUUACUCUGUCGGAAGCAUCAUCUGUCUUAGAUGAAAAUUUUGAAUGGUACAAUCCUUGUUCAGCAUACACGGUGGGGCAGUCUAACUUAGCAUGGUUGCGGGUCAGGAAAAUACCGCUAGGAAUGUGGAACACAAGCUUCUUUUGCACCGUAGCCAACUUGUUUGGGAAAUAUGUCUGCGUUGAUAGCAUAACGUCACGGAAGGAUCGUUUGGAUUUUGCUCGGGUGCUGGUUGAUACUACGCAACCUCUCAUCGAUCAACAGUACUUGGAUGUUAAUUUUGAUGGUAAGGUAUGUCAGGUUCUGGUGGAGAAGGAACUUUCUGUGUACCACGAUUGGACGGGUUUGAGGCAAACACAAAAGCCCAAAGCUCUAUCGUCCACAGACUCAGAAGCAGAGGCGCAUGAAGGGGACGAUGUGGAGGUGGAAAAUUGGGUAUCGGAAAACACGCCGGCAGGGUCGAGAGUGGCGGUGGCUACUGGCUCAGGUCUAGAACCGGAAACGGUCGAUCUCGGUGGUGCAACAGCUUUAAUGCGCGAAUUGAUUGAAGCGGGAUACACGUCUACAGAGUUAAUUCGAUGGUUACACUGCACAGCCAUUUUUGGUGGUAACGGUGCGCCAAAGGAGGAGAGGUUUCCAUGUGAUUCAGAACAACAUUUACUCUCUGCAAAAAUCAGGAAAAAUCUAAACGAGGAUGGAGAAAUCUUUGGCCCACAGAAGGAUCAUCCUGAAAAGAAGGGAGGAGGCGUUUCUCAUGAAAGACAAAAGCAGAUGUGGGCCUUUCCUAAGCCCACUUGUGUCGGGGUUGGAGCUGAACAAAAACAGAAUCAAUCUUUGGGUGAAAAGGGGGGAGAUUCUUCAAACACUCAACAAAAGGCUACUGUAAGUGGGCCUGUGACAAAGAUUGGAUGGAUUUUACAAAACCCUUUAUGUGGUUUCAGGGGAUCUUUAUGUGAAUUAAAGGGUUUGGCUAGGCUAAGGGUCUCACUUUUGAUGGGUAAACAUAUUGCAAUUGGUGACGGUGUGAAGGAGGAAUUUACGAGGUCUAUGGGUGAUUAUGAGGAGGAUGGGCCGGGUCAUGAGGGUGUACGGGUCGGUUUGGGUAAGGUGCCUGAGGACACAAAGAAGAGUGUAAUUGACGACAUAGAGACAGCAAACGAGAAUUAUGCAGACAUAGAAGAAGCUUUGGAGAUACGAGUAUACCAGAAAAAGAAUAAAAAGAGAGGUGGUAGUGUCUCUGAGGCCGCUACUUCUCAUAGGGAGAGUAAACCGAGAGCAAAACGGGGACGCCCCAAAGGGAGCAAAAACAGAUCGAAAGUCCAAACUGAGUUGGGUGCCAUAUGCUCAGGUGAUGAAAUUGGAGAAGAAACUGUUGCGUCUUGGGCCAGUAAUGUUUGGAGAGUGGGCAAGGAGGUCGGUGUAGUUUUCCGAGGGAACGAAGACUUGGCGUUAGCAAGGCUGCAGGACCAGGUACGUAUUAAUCACCCAGACCUGCAAUAGUUAGUUAUUUUCUGGGUAAUUGAGUGCCUAUAGUUUG